UUUUAUAUGCUGCUUUGCCAUUUUCCUUCUCAAUCACUUUUUCUUGAGUAGUUGUUGUGUCUAGUUCUCUCAGCCUCCACUCCAUUUAACCUCCCAAACGUGAUACAUUCUUUAAAGUCUCAAUCUUUUUGCUACUACUUCUCUUCAAUCACACCGUUUCUGAUCUGGGUUAUGUUUAAAUUCCCAUUUAGAUCAUUAUUUUCGCCAUAUUUGUUCCUCUUUGCUGCUUUCUUUGGAGAACCAACGAAAACCCAUUUGUGUUCUGGAGGGUUUUUGGUCGUUUCUUGAUUUGGAAAAUUUAAUUCUCAUAAGUGGUUCCUUUUUCAACGAAGAUGCAAGUAAUGGAUUUAUGUUUUGAGGAAGGAUCUUUGGUGAAGCUUUGAUUCUUUUCCUAAGGAAGAAGAAGGAAUAUUUAGUUGUUUGAGUUUUUGUUUCAAGCAACUGUAGAUAACUUCAGACAAUGGGAAGGGGGAGAGGGAAAGGGAAGAAGCAGACUGUUAUUGCUUCACAUGAGGAUCCUGCCAGCGGUGAAGAAGAAAAGGUUCCUGCUUAUAGAAGAAGAGGAAGGCCAACAAAGCCUUUGAAAGAUGAUAAUGAAGAAGAAGAAGAAAUUGUUGAGAUAAAAGAAGAUGCUAAGGAUUCAAAAGAUUCCAUUUCUUCUAAAGAUGUGAAAAAUCAUGCUGUUGCAGAGAAUGGACGCAAAAGGAAGAGGCCUGCACUUAUCAAAGAAAAUUCAGAUUCAGUCAAAGAAACCAAUGUUGUUGGAACAAAAUUGAGUACUGAUAAUUCAAUAGUGAAUAUUGGAUUUCGACAAAAUGGUAGCAGGCGAAAAAACAAGCCCAGAAGGGCUGCAGAAGCUGUUGUUGAGUGCAAGUGAAGUUCAUGUUUGUUGUUUUAAUGGAUUUAUAUCUUCUUUUCUAUGGAAGCAGAGUUUUUUAUUGGCUUA